GAGAUGCACCCCCUUCCUUCCGCCGAGAGAAAGACCCACAUCUGCGUUGGGGGCGAACGCUGCGUAGGCUAAAGGAUGUGAGCAGGAGUGGCAUUUGGGUCCCUUUAAAUAGAGCCGUCCUCAAACGUUGGACCAUCAGAUCAGCUGAAGUUUGCAAACAGUUUGCUGCAGAAUUCAAAGCUACAUCCGAAAUCUCUGUGAUACAUUUUCAGUGUUCUUUGGGUAAAAGAUGGAAAUAACCAAGACAUCUGGGAUGAGGGACGCCGUCUUGGUGCUCUUACUGGCUGUUCUUCAGGGAUUUCGACUUGUGGAUGCCCUUCCAAACCCAUCACCUCUCCUGGGAUCCAACUGGGGGAAUCCGAGAAGAUACGUACACCUGCAGACGUCUUCAGACGUGAACAAUUUCUACCUUGAGAUCAGUUUAAAUGGCCACGUGCGCAAAACUACACUUCGAAGCUCAUACAGUGUGAUUUUAUUGAAGGCGGAAACAAGAGAGCGCGUGGCGAUACUUGGAGUCAAAAGUAACCGCUACCUGUGCAUGGAUGCCCUGGGAAACCCUUUCAGCUCUACCGUUUGCCACAAGGAAGACUGUCUUUUUAACCACAAGUUAUUGGAAAACCACCGCGACGUGUACUACUCUUGCAGAACUGGUAUUCUGCUCAACUUGGAAGGAAUAAAGCAAGUGUACACUGUGGGCCAGAAUCUACCGCAAACCUCCCUCUUCCUGUCGGAGAAGAACACGGUGCCACUGGAGCGCCUCUUGCACCGGGAGAAGAGAAACCGGGUGGUUGACCCUUCUGAUCCGUACAACAUGCUGGGUCAAACGGAGGAGGAUGAGGACUCCCGGGCUAUGCCGGAGCUGGAUGACACCUUGGAGAUGGACCAGGAGGCUGAACUCCCCGAGGGACGCAACAUCUCCCGGGAGACCCCUCAGUCUCCCUCCGACGACCCGUGGAACGUGCAUUCCCUAAACCCCCCUCCCAGUCCCCGUAUCAUGAAUGCAAUGGUGGGAUAAGAGGACAGGACACUUGCCGUUGUACACCUGGUUUUAAGAAUAUAAGUUGUGUGCGCGUUCACGUUGGAUCUUUUCCAGCUGGUCUGGAAACAAACCCCAACUCUUACACCUGUGAAACUCUGACCGUGACAGGCUUAUUAGAGCAUAUUAGUCAUUUGUAUAUAGUCAUAAGACGGAAAAUUGUAUUUUGUUCAUUUUUCACUAUAGCACAGUAGCUAGUGAGUAUGUAACUAUUGGUUUCCGUGCUUUUUAAUUCUAGGACGCAAAUUCUGCACAUGAGUGCACUCUGUUUACGGGAUGGAUUCUUAUGAGAAUCAUGCUGAAACCCGAAAUAUUUGUGCGUCUUCUUCGAAGA